UUCAGAGAAUUCCAGUUUGCACAGACAAUGAUAUUUGCUGUGGAAGAAAUAAACAAAAAUCCCAACAUUUUGCCUGGAGUAUCUCUGGGAUACAGAAUAUAUGAUAACUGUGGAUCUAUGGAUAUACUUAGAUCUGCAUUGGCUUUGGUGAGUCCUAAUUUAAGCUCAACAAUAAAUGAAACGUGCAAAUCCCAAACAGCCCAAGCCAUUAUCGGACAUUCUGGGUCAACACCAACAAUAGCCAUUGCAAGGACAGUUGGACAGUUCCAUAUACCUGUGAUCAGUCACUUUGCGACCUGUGCCUGCCUAAGCAACAGAAAACAUUUCCCCUCCUUCUUCAGAACAAUUCCCAGUGAUUAUUACCAGAGCAGAGCACUGGCUCAGUUGGUCAAGCACUUUGGCUGGACCUGGGUAGGAGCCAUAAGCAACAGAAAUGACUAUGGUCUGAAUGGCAUUGCCAUGUUUAUAUUGGCAGCCCAUGAAGAAGGUGUGUGUAUCGAGUAUUCUGCAGCUUUUGAGAUCACUAGUCCACACCACAAAAUACUCCAAAUAGUGGACAUUAUCAAACAGUCCACAUCGAAAGUAAUAAUGGCAUUCAUGUCUCACAGAGAGAUAAAGAUUUUGGUGAAGGAGUUACAUAAGCAGAGUAUUACAGGACUGCAAUGGAUUGGCAGUGAUGCCUGGAUCACAGACAACUCCCUCACAGAAAGUAUAGGACAUAUGUCUUUAAUCGGGUCCAUUGGUUUCACUGUGCCCAGAGUUACCAUUCCUGAAUUGGGUCCUUUUUUAGAGAAAGUGAAUCCCUCACAAUUCCCAAACAGCAUGUUUCUUAAAGACUUUUGGGAAAGUGUGUUUAACUGCUCACUGAGUCCCAGGGAAGGCUGGAGGAGCUGUAAUGGCUCUGAGCAUUUAAAAGAUGUAAAAACCUCUUUUACUGAUGUAUCAGAUCUGAGAUUCACUAAUAAUGUCUAUAAGGCUGUAUAUGCAGUGGGACAUGCACUACACAAUUUACUUUCAUGUAAGCAGAGCAAACAUACAUUUUCUAAUUCAAAAUGUACAGAUCAUUUCCAAAUACAGCCUUGGGAGAAUGUAAAUUUCACUACACGUCACAGAGAAAAUGUAUUUUUCAGCAAGAAUGGAGAUUCACCAGCAAAAUAUGAGUUAAUCAAUCUGCAACAGUUCUCUAAAGGCACCACAAAAGUAGUAACUGUAGGCUACUAUGAUGCAUCUUUGCCUAAAGAGCAACAGCUUACUUUGAAUGGCGCUCAAAUUGUCUGGAAAGGAGGAAGCAGAAUGGUACCAUUGUCUGUCUGCAGUGAGAGUUGCCCCCCAGGUACCAGAAAAGCUGUUCAGAAAGGAAUGCCUGCCUGUUGCUUUGACUGUAUACAGUGUGCACCAGGAGAAAUUAGCAACACAACAGAUUCCCUUAACUGCUUGAAAUGCCCAGUGCAAUAUUGGUCAAACACAAGAGGAGAUGCCUGUGUUCCAAAAGAAGUUGAAUUCCUAUCAUACAAGGAUAUAAUGGGAAUAUUGCUUGCAUUUUUUUGUUUGGUUGGGGUGUUGUUUACUAUUCUAACUAUACUUAUUUUCUACUACAAUAAAAAUACUCCUGUUGUUAGGGCCAACAACUCUGGGCUAAGCUUUCUGCUCCUCUUCUCACUGACUCUCUGUUUCCUUUCUUCGCUUACCUUCAUUGGUCAGCCAUCUGAGUGGUCUUGUAUGUUGCGCCACACAGUAUUUGGAAUUACCUUUGUCCUCUGUAUCUCCUGUGUUUUGGGGAAAACAAUAGUGGUUUUAAUGGCCUUCAGGGCUACACGUCCAGGCAGCAAUGUUAUGAAAUGGUUUGGGCCUCUACAGCAGAGACUCAGUGUUCUUGCCUUCACCAUCAUACAGGUUCUAAUUUGUGCACUUUGGUUAACAAUAUCACCUCCUUUCCCUUAUAUGAAUAUGAAUUAUUACCAAGAAAAAAUCUUGUUAGAGUGCAAUUUGGGUUCAGCUGUAGGUUUCUGGGCUGCUUUGGGUUAUAUAGGUUUUCUUGCCGGUUUAUGUUUCGUGUUGGCUUUUGUGGCUCGAAAACUGCCUGAUCAUUUCAAUGAGGCAAAAUUCAUCACGUUCAGCAUGCUUAUAUUCUGUGCGGUUUGGAUCACUUUUAUCCCAGCUUAUGUCAGCUCUCCUGGAAAAUUCACUGUAGCAGUGGAAAUAUUUGCCAUUUUAGCAUCAAGUUAUAGUUUACUAUUCUGUAUUUUUGUACCAAAAUGCUAUGUAAUUUUACUAAGGCCUGAAAUGAACACUAAAAAGCAAGUAAUGGGAAAGAUCAAAUGA